CGUAUUCUUGCGAUUUAUUUUGUUAAUAUUUGAUUAGUGAGCUGACACAACGUGUAAGGCACAUCCCCUUUUUCACACAAUUGCUUUGAAAACGUUCCUAAUGGCGUUUCUGUCCUUUUGGAUUUGGGCCGUCCUGAGUAACGUUGUGAUAAUAGGCAUUCUUGCUGCUCCAAAUCCAAUAUAUGGAAAUAAUCAACAACGCCGUUCUCUUCCCAAUGGAAAUCGAGAUUUAAGAGCAUCAAGCCUUGGACGUCCCUUAUCAAAGUUCGCACAGGAUCAAAAUGUUAACUCAGCGUCGUCUUCACCAACCAAACAGAUCGUUCAAACUCAAAAUUACAGAACCACACAACAAUAUUCAUUUCCAUCGAAAUUCAUGCCCUUGGGCAAAAAUCAACCACUACAGAGUUUCACGCAAGAUGAUCAGCCACCAAAGAAGAUGACGCCACCAGGUGAUCAGCAGAAACAGAAAGCCGUGGAGAACAAAGACGAGACGGUUAACACUAAUAAGUGUGGGUGUGGGUGUGGCUGUUGUUGUGGAGCAAAUAAUGAUAAUAAGAAUGGAGAGACUGCAAACAACAAGGACAAAAACUGCUGUUGCUGCUGCUGUUGCCAGCCUCCCUGUUAUUGCUGCCAGCCAUGUUGCUGUUGUCAGCCAUGCUGCUGCACUUGUUGUCAUCAAGACAUUUGCCAUCACCACGAACAUGACCACGAAUGUUGCGUGCAUCACGAUUGCUGCGUGCAUCACGUGCAUCAUAUCACUCAUGACUGCCCCUGCGCCCAGCCAUGCUGUUGCGGAUGCCCACAAACAUGUGGCUACUCACAAGCUUGCGGCUGCCCACAAACUUGCGGUUGCCUACAAACUUGCGACUGCCCACAAGCUUGCGGCUGCUGUUGUCAGGGGUGCAGUUGUGGGAUCCCGGGGCCUCCUUGUCAUGGGUGUGCUGGUCUCUGUGGCCUCCAAACUCCCUGUAACUGUGGGUUAUUAGGAUGUGGAUGCCCUGGAUGCCCAUUCCAGGCCGUACCUUGUGGCUGCUGUGGGUACACUAAUGAAAAUGCUGGAGAUCAAAAUUAUCUUUUGCCUUAUAAAGAAGAAAGAAGUAAAGAACUAAAAGGGGAGGAGGAAGAGAAAGCAGCUCGGCGUCAACUUAUUCUUCCACCUGGCUACCUUUUCCCGGCUUUUCGACGUGUAGAAUCCUUCAGUUCCCUUAAAAGGACCAAAGUUCCCUUUUCUAAGCGAAUGUACCGACGGAUGGCACGCCUGAACACUCGACUGAUACCGUAUCGUUUAUGGUUCUGGUGAGCAGCAAAGGAUGGUCCUCCGGCAAAAGAGACGUUUUUCAGAUAAAAUGAUGAAUUAAAUUCUUGCUGUAUAAUCACGUCACGACGCCACUAUUGAUGGCGGCGCGUAUUUCUUUGUAAUAAAUAACAUUAAACAUAAUUUUCCUCCUGAUAAUAUGCGUACUGUACAUCUUUACCAGACGCACUAGUGCGCACACCAGUACUAGGAAAUAACCUGCUAGGUUUGGAUUGGAACAAAUUGCGGCGCUAAAUCAUUGAUUGAGGACUCAAAUUUUGUUACUUCAGAGGUAACAAUGAAAAAUUUCUUUCUCGGCCUCAAAUAUCUUAUUUCGCUUAAUUCUUUCUUCCUUUUUUUGGCAUUAAAACGCUGCACUAAAAACAAUUUCUUUAAACGCUCUAGUUGGUGGCCAACCUUUACCCAAAAUGGAUGGGAAAUUAUUUUUUAUUACCCAUGGCAACGAGGACAAUACGAAAUAUUACUUUU